AUGAGACUAAAAAGCACUUUGCUGCUGCUAUUUGCUGCAUUUGUUCUUCCCGGAUACUCUUUCCUGCUCGGGAUCGACUUUGGCUACGAGUUCACUAAAGCCGCGCUGGUGGCUCCGGGUGUAAACUUCGAGAUUGUGCUCACGCCUGAUUCCAAGCGCAAGGAUGUUUCCGGACUUGCAAUUUCCCCUAUUUCGGGCAAGAAAGAGGCCCUCCAAAGAACCUAUGGAUCUUCGGCCUUAACAACGUGCACACGGAGCCCUGCCAGCUGUAUGCUCCACUUGAAGCCUCUACUGGGACGGUCUCUUGCUGAUCCAGCGGCCAAAGAAUAUACCGAAACCCACCCGGGAGUGACUUUAGUAGAGUCUAAGAACUCACGCAACACGAUUGCCUUUCAGGUGGCCAAAGAUCUGACAUUUCCGGUGGAAGAACUGCUGGCAAUGUCUAUUGGAGAGAUCCGCGACAGAGCCGAGGCCCACCUCAAGGCUGCUGUUUCUGGCGGAUACUCUAGUGUUACUGAUGUGGCAAUUACGGUACCAUCCUUCUUUACUCAGGCGCAAAGGGCAGCUAUCCAGGAUGCUGUGGAGAUAGCUGGAAUGAAUCUUGUUGCACUGGUAGAUGACGGUACAGCCGUUGCGCUUAAUUAUGCUUCCACCAGAACGUUCGGAGAGGACAAGGAGUAUCACUUGAUCUACGACAUGGGUGCUGGCUCUGUCAAGGCCACGCUGGUAUCGUUCAGACAAAACGAAACAGACACCACUGUGGAGAUCGAAGGUGUUGGUUAUGAUGCAAAUGUGGGCGGUCAUCUUCUUACAAAUGCAGUUUUUGAGCUACUCAAAGACCAUUUUCUGGCAGCCAAUCCAAAGAUCCGUACCCAAGAAUUUCAGGCCAAUUCUAGGGCUAUGACGCGUCUCUGGCAGUCUGCUGAGAAGGCAAAGUUCGUACUGAGUGCCAACUCCGAGACUUCGGUCUCCUUGGAACUGCUGUAUGAUGAUAAAGACUUCAAAGCAGUAAUUACAAGAGAUGAGUUUGAGGAAGCCUGUGAAAGCUUGAUGACUCGAAUUGUUACUCCUGUCAUCAAGGCUACUUCGGAAACCUUCAAUCCUGUAGCCGCCAAUGCCGAGAUUCAAUCGGUGAUUUUGGCCGGAGGCUCAACUCGUGUUCCGUUCGUGCAACGUCAUCUUGCUGCUUUUGUGGGCGAAGAUAAAAUCUCGAAGAACGUCAAUGCUGAUGAAGCUGCUGUUCUUGGUGCUACUUUGCGUGGAGUUUUGCUUUCCAAGAUGUACCGCUCAAAGCCGAUCCAUGUGAUUGAACAUGCUGUUCACGAUUAUAGAGUGCAGUUGGAUGAUUCUGUUGUCGGUGUUGUUUUGAAGAAGGGUGAUGUCCCAACCGAGACUUCCGUUUCAUUAUCACCCGACUCUACAGCCUUUUCGGCCGAUAUUUACGAGGAUGGUUUGCUCUAUGUGCAGUACAAUGCGAAGGUUGAUCUAGAAGCGAGCAAGCUAAACUCAACCACCUGUCCAGGUGGAGUUGGCUAUAAUAUUACCUUCGGUUUUGAUCGUGGAUUAUUGUCGUUUGAGAGAUUGAAUGCUCUUUGCUUCAACACUUCCUCGGAAGAUGUAUUGAAACGUGUUGUGAUCAGCACCAAAGCGAAAUACGCCUCUGUUAGGCCAAUGGGACUUCCUUCCAAACAAACUUCAGCUGCGAGACUCAAGGACCUAUUAAGGAAAGAUAAAUCUCGCCAGCAACGUGACGAGAUGAUCAACGAAUAUGAGGCUGCCGUGUACGAUUUGCGUGCUUAUCUCGACUCAGACGAUGUAGUGGAGAAGGGCCCACCCACUAUGGUGGAUGAGGCAUCCGAUGCCGUUCGUGAGCAUGUUGAAUGGUUAGAUUAUGAAAGCGACGGUGCUUCUCUGAAGGAUAUCAAGGAUCGGUUCGACGAAAUCCGGGUACUCAAAGUCAAGAUCGAGACUUUUGUUGAGAUGGCAGAUCUUCCUCUUGACAAGGAGGAGUUCGGUCGUUUGCACCAGAUGGGCCUUGAUACGAUCCACGAGCUUCAAGAACUAAUGUUGACUAUGUCAGAAGACGCCAGCGUUUUGUAUGACAACUACACUCAGUUUGGACUGAACUUUGACGAGGAAAGUCGCAAAAUCAAGGUCAAGACGAAACAAAUUUCAGAGGCGCAAAUCCAGGAGCAUUUCCAGCAACUCAGUGACAAUCUCGAGGCUCUAGCGCCGCUCAAGGAAGAUGAUACUGCCGAGGCUGAGCUAGCUGCCCGCUCACGUGAAGAGCUGUUUGUGAUUCGUGAGGAGGUUGGUAAGGAGGUGAUGGAGUUGAAAGCAAUUGUUUCAACACUGAAGUCAGUUCACGAACAGAGAAUCUCAGCUUUGGCAGAGAGACUCACUAAGCACGUGAGACAGCAGGCCAAAGCCGCAGCGAAGAAAGCCCGGGUGGCUGAGAAACAAAAUAAGGCGGAUGCUGAAGCGGAGGCCGAUGCUUCGACAGCUACUGAGCCGCCCGUGGAAAAUACCAGUUCCACGGAGUUUGAGGCGGAGGCCAGCCCUAAUCAUGACGAACUGUAG